ACUUUAAGCGAUCCCUGCAAGAUAACGAAUGGCGUGUUUUUGAUCCUACACUGACUGGCAGCUUUGUGCACACAGCCCACUUGGAGGAGAGCACUGCGGGGGAAUGAGGAUGGUGGUGAACAGCGACUUUUAUAAAUAAAGCGCACACAGCUGCACGGACUGGUACUGCGCGCGUGUGUCUGUUUUUGUUUGAUAUGAGAGGGGAGCAACCGAGGUUGAGGUUCAUUGUUGUAUGCUCUGUGCGGCCCAGCUCGAUUCAUUUCUUGCAUUGCUUCAGCGUAAUAGAAUUACAGUGUCAUUUUACCGCAGAGAGAUAAAACCGGUCGGAGGAGGUAAACGAGUUCGAGAGGAGCUGCUGUGACGUAGCCGUCAACCAAACACACACACACUCACUCACAUACACACAUACACACACCGGCUGCCGCUGCGCCUGCCUCAGUCUCUAUGUGGAGAAAUGACCGCGAGUGACCUCAAAGGAAACACUGAAUUCUAGCGACCACUCACACAUACAUUUUAGGGUACAUUAUAGGGGCGUUUUUAACAGGUUAUUUUUGGGUAAGAUUGGUUGAAUUAAGAAAAUUAAUAAGGUCUAACGUUGAGUCUCUGCUAUAGUGGUCGGGCUCUUCCAGUCUCCCGUCCUGCAGAUGCUAAGCUAAGCUAGGCUAGGCUAGGCUAUAGCUUCUGCCAUGGAUAAAGCCAAGUCAAUGAUGGACAAGAAAGGAGCGACUGGACCCUUUCAUGUCAACAACGGGCAGAGCCAGAGGGGCUUUCACGGACACGUCGCCGUGGCCGCAAACGGCAGCUGCUGCAGCGGCGGCAAUGCAUUCGGCUCGAGCACCGGACCGACCAUCGAGAGCAUGCAUUUGCUGCACCGCGGGGACGAGGCGGAGGGCUCCCCGGCCAAGAGGUGCAGGCUACGGCGGAGGACGGAGUCAGUGAGACGGCACAGACCCCCCUUCCCCUGGUUUGGUAUGGACAUUGGAGGCACUUUGGUGAAGUUGGUGUACUUUGAGCCAGUCGACAUUACUGCAGAGGAAGAACAGGAAGAAGUGGAAAACCUCAAGUCAAUCCGCCGCUACCUCACAUCAAACGUUGCCUAUGGUAAAACAGGUGUCCGUGACGUCCACCUGGAGCUAAGGAACCUUACCAUGUGCGGCAGGACAGGGAACCUGCACUUCAUCCGCUUCCCAACACAGGCCAUGCCUCGUUUUAUCCAGAUGGGUCGGGACAAAAACUUCUCCAGCCUGCACACUACACUCUGUGCCACCGGAGGGGGCGCAUAUAAGUUUGAAAACGAAUUCAGAACAAUGGCCGACCUGGAGCUGCUGAAGCUGGAUGAGCUGGACUGCCUGAUCCGCGGCCUGCUGUUCGUCGACAGAGUGAGCUUCAACGGACACCCAGAGUGCUACUACUUCCAGAAUCCUUCAGACACUCAGAGCUGCGUGAAGAAGCCGUGCACCCUGGACAACCCCUUCCCCAUGCUGCUGGUCAACAUAGGCUCUGGGGUCUCCAUACUGGCAGUGUACUCUGAGAACAACUACAAACGCGUGACAGGGACCAGUCUGGGAGGUGGUACAUUCCUGGGCCUUUGCUGUCUGCUGACAGGCUGCGAGACGUUUGAGGAGGCAUUGGAAAUGGCCAGUAAGGGCGACUCUACCAACGUUGACAAACUGGUGAAAGACAUCUACGGGGGAGACUACGAACGCUUUGGCCUGCAGGGCUCAGCUGUGGCAUCCAGUUUCGGUCACAUGAUGAGCAAAGAGAAGCGAGACAGCAUCAGCAAGGAGGACCUGGCCAGAGCCACACUGGUCACUAUAACUAACAACAUAGGAUCCAUAGCACGGAUGUGUGCUGUCAAUGAGAAAAUUGAGCGUGUGGUGUUUGUUGGGAACUUUCUUCGCAUCAACACUGUAUCCACAAAGCUGCUAGCCUAUGCCAUGGACUUCUGGUCUAAAGGACAACUGAGGGCCCUCUUCCUGGAACACGAGGGUUAUUUUGGGGCUGUUGGGGCACUGAUGGAGCUGCUCAAGACAACAGAAGACCCGUGAACGUGGUCACGGCAUGACAUCAGCUCUCUACACAACGAUGUCAUCCAACCCCCUGUACGCUGUGAUGUCAUCAACUCGCAAUGCUGUGACGUCAGCCACUUUUGCCGCUGCUGAAAGGUCCACUUCACACCGGGCCGCUAAAAGGAACACUUAGAGACAGACACAGAAACUGAGAAAAGCCAUUUUAAUAAUUUAACUCUUGUAAAUAGAAAUAACCUCUAACAUUCAUCUCCUAAAUUUCCCAGAGUUCCCCCCUAUUAUAGAGGUUUAAUAUUGUAAUCUUUAAUUUAUGGUUUCCUGUAAUUGCCCUCUGUGGACUCCUGUAAUCAGGCUGGUGUCAGGAAGCAGAGGAUUUUACUGUUCGUUUUUUGUUACCGUGUGUGUUUGUGUGAAUAGCUACUGUAGCAUUAUGGAGGCUGUCAUGCCUGGACGACUAUUUGUACAACAAGGCAGGAUGGUCUGCACAUAGGGGUCGUAACUAAUCUACCACUUUAACCAGGACUACUAUUAAUGGUCACUGAGCUCCACGCUGCAGUAGGAGAACAGUUGUGGGAAUAGUUUCGGUUAAGGAGGCAUUUUGUUGCACAAAAAGUUGCCCUAAAAAGCUACAGUCUUUGCGGAUUGCACUAAAGCCAAAUCCUGCAUCCCAUGCCUCCUAAAAAAAUCCCUUUCGCUUCUUUUUCUUGCUCCACUGCACAUGGCCUUUUGCUUUCGUUUGUCACGCCUCCGUUUGCCUACAUCCAAACAAUAUUAACGACACCAUAUUGCCCGAAUAUGCACAUCAAGCUAACCUGCUGAUUUUAGUGUUAGAUGACCAAGUCUUCCUACAGAGAGCACUACUGCUGCUUCGUCCACAUUGCUCAUUGCUGGCCUGUGAUUUCUGUGACUGUACUCUCACCCUUUCUUAUCUGUAAGUAUUCAGCUGAAUUACACUUCAACAGAGCGGACGCCUUUUUCUUCAACCUCGUGCUCCACUGUCACCCUGCUGCUUUGUUUGGAUGUCGCUGUGUGAGCUUUCAGACAAUGUAAAUCAUGGCAGAGUAGAAAGGUUGAGUACCCCUGCUGUCGGUGUAAAUGUAGAAGACUGAUGUAACCAUUUUGGGGCAUCAGGGACCAAGAUGGUUCAUUGAGGUUAUUAUUAAUCGCGGUUAUUAAUCUUGUUACUAAAAUUACUAUGUGCCAGAGGGAGCAAUAUAGCCCCUGGUCUAGUCUCUGAAUAGCAGGUGAUCGGAAGCAGAUGAAGACAAAGCAGCGAGCGCAUACAACCCACUUUACAGGUUUCUGCCUCCAUUUAAGUAGUCUAAGUCUUGCUUUAGACACUUUUUUUUAAUUCAACAGGCCACAAAAUGUUCAGAUUGGCAAAACUCAUGUAGAAUUUAUUCCAUCUGACAGUUUUUGAGAAUCUAAACUGAUGCAUUAAUCAAGGGACUUUAGAAUUGAAAGCUUAAAAUUCAAACCUCAUCCUGCAGUUACAGUUAUUGCAUUAUAUGACGAUUACACUACGACAGUUGUGCCCCCACCCCACCCCCCCCUUUCUGCCUGGACCUUUAUAGCCUUUCAUCUCAGAGUAAUGUCAAAGCACUGAACUGUAUAGACAGUUAAGUCUCUCAACUGUCCACUGCACCACUGUCUACAUGCCUUCAACACCCUUUCCCAUUUCCUAUUUUAUGUCAUUCACCUUCAUCUUGCAAUUUUUUCAUGUCAGUUUUUUUUUUGUGUGUGUUUCUGAGCCGCAUAUACAAGUAUUUUUUGACAGUACUUACAGUAUAAUAAUAAUAAUAACAACAAGGUAAACAGCUAUCAUAUAGUUGAAUGUUAUACAACCCUUCUCAACUUCUUUUUGACAGAACCCCCUCUUCUCUGUCUAGCUGACCCAUGGAUUACUACCCUGAUAAUUAACAUGUUUUCAGCUAUGUAGUUCUUCUUUUAUCCAGUUAAUCUGUAUAAAGGUACAUAGGAGAUGGGAUUAUGACCACAUUGUUCUAAAGACUAACAAAUAACAAUACCAGUUCAUAAGUCACAGAGUAACAUAGUAGCCAAAUCAUAUUUUUAAGCAUAGUGUUACUAAAGACGCUAGUAUUUUUCUAUUGUUUACACAUUGAGUGUAACAGACUUCAUUCACUCUCCAUCAGCUUCAAUAAUCCCAAUGCAAAGACUUGCGCCGGUGUUAAGAGUAAAACUGGCAAAGUACUGUAUGCAUGUUGUGGAGUUUGCCACUGUUUUCUUUAACAACAAUGAAUCCUCAGUGAGUUAAAUCCACCUUCUUUCACCUUUGAGGACAUUGCAAAUGAUUGUUUGGAGUGCUUUUUUUUUCUAUUCUUUUAAUUUGCCUUUUUCCAACUUAUGUUUGGAUGGUUAAGGUGGCCUCCAGUUGUCAGGUGCCACUCAUCUUAAACCCCCAUCAGUUGCCUUUUUCUUUGUGUUCGCCUGGUUUCACCGUGUUUGUGCCCUUCAGUCUCCUGUGUGAUAUCAUCUCUCACCUGCUCACCUUUGCCUCAGUGUUUUUGUAACAUUGUGCACACAGAUGUUUUCUUUUUUUUUGUGUUUUUUUUUUUUUGUCUGCAGUGAACAUACAUUUAUGGGUUUUUUCAGUAUUCACAACUCAACUGAUAGUCCCAUGUGUGUGAGCAAUACAAAAGAACCCCACAACUCUUGCAGCAACAGCCUUCUUUGGGUAUUACAGAUCAUAAAAAAAAUAAUAAUGGGAACUGGAAUUUGGAAAAGUAGAGUUUUCCAGGUUUGUUCUUUUUUUUUUGUUUUCGUUUGUUUGGUUUGGGAACAGUUUCAUAAAACUCUGAUGUCCUUUUGGUUGUUUUAUUGUUUUGUGGCCAGUAGUACUAAGUGAGUUUAUCUCUUAUGUGAUCUUGAAAAUAUUGUUGUAUAGAAUUUAUUUUAUUGUUUUGGUUGUUUUUGGUUGGCACAAAAGAACCAGUGUGAUUGUUUGCAAAAAUGUAAUUCCCUGCAUUAACGCUCUGUCAGGCUGAAGAAGAUGUGCAGCACUUAACGACAGGGAUCAGAGUCUCACUGCAAGUUUAACCUUAAAAAUCUGUCAUCACUAUCACCAAAACCUUAUUUUAGAACAGGUCAACACUCAGACAAUAGUGGCAUUUAUUCAUAGAGGUUAGUUUUACCAUUGUCCAACUGAUAAUCAAAUUCUUCAGUCCUGGUGUCAGUGCUUUAUUUCCUUUGGAAACAGAUGUAUGAAGACAUACAUGGUCUGUUCAAAAUACAGGUGACGUGUUGUAAAGUGUUUCUGUAUAAUCUGUGGACUGUAGAUUUGCAGAUUAUACCAUAAUGUUCACAUAAACUAGUGAGUUUAUGGGGAAAUAAUAAGUAUAAAUACUUGUUGUAUUUUGGACCUUAGUGAUGUAACUUCUGCAUCAUCAGUGUUUUUCACUACACUCAUAAAAUCUGACCUUUUUGUGACCAUCUGUCCUUUAGAAAGUGUUUCACACACACUUUCUUUAGCUGUAACACAAAGUCAGUAUAACGACUGGAUUUGGUCACUUCAUUGGUUGAUGCAGUUUUAGGCCCCUGCCCCACUGGGAUCGUCUGUACUUUAAUCAGUAUCUGUUCCUCUGUAAAGUUUGGACUGGACAGCAAGUGUUCUGUCAUUCACAAUGAACUCUAACCAACUGGCUAUGCAGUAACUCAUCCAUGGAUCUCUUUGUCUACAAACUCACUUCUUCUCUACAGCUCCCAGAGUUUAACUUGUUUGUAAAUGUUUUUGAAAAGAAUAUGCAACCCUGUGAGUUUUUCCCUCUAAGUUAUCCUGUUUGAAUCUUGAUGGAGAGAGUUUCUCCUCCAGAUGUUUGUCCUGCUGAUUUACUUACUCUAUUAAAGGUGGAUGCUUGCAACUGAAUGUUUUAGGCCAAAUUAUGCACCAAAAUGAGCGUAUCAAGCAUUUAUUUUCAGUCUGUAUACUGUGGCACCAUUAAGUCAUGACACCUACAAAGAAGAGCUUUUUAAAGUUGCAGUUAUAAAUAGUCUGGAGCUUUGCGACAAUAAUAACAUGUUGUAUACCAGUCACAUGACCACCUGACCUUUUGCUCUUUAAAGUUUUGCAGAACUUUUCAGGAUUUCCUUGAAGGUUCUUAAUCUGGUCCAGCAUCCUGUUGCAUGACACAUCCAGCCUUAAAACUGUCUUCUGGUAUGCUUGACUCGCAGGACAGACCUUUUUCUCCUUGUGUAUUUGAUUGUACAGAGAUUUUGUAAAUAAUAAUAAUAAUAUGAUAUAUUCUACACCAGCAAUCUGUCUGUUGAUAAAGUUCUUUCAACUGUUCAGGGCCGGGUUUCCCAAACAUGACUCGGCACUUCAUUUACAAAUCCCUACGCAGACAGAAGACGCUUUCCCUUGCAGCCUUAUCACCUUUACCAACAUCCUAGAGUGGUUAUAGAUAACGUAAGCUAAUACUUUUAGGAGUCAGAUUUAGCUUGAUUGUUGUGUAUGACUAACAAUGUUUCCUCUGAGGGACUAGAUGUGAUUUUUUUUGUAAUCUUUUUGGCAUCAUUGUAAGCCUACAUGUAUUAAACCUACAAAUCAAUAACUUAACAUUUAAUGUUACUUUCCUAAGAUUUAAAAUCACAUUCUGGUUCAUUUGACAUUGAUUAAGAACUAAACAAGUCAUACUGGCAUUGCAUGGUGAUAAGAACUAAGUGGGAAAUAUGGUGAUGUUAAAAUAUACUAUUUUCUUCACUUGGAAGUGUUUACACUGUGUUAAUGCUCUUGAUGGCCACAGUCCAGGUGCUUUUUGUCUGCAGGAUUACUGUGCUGGUUGUUCACAUUGGCUCCUUUGUGAUCCAGAGUCAGAUGUGAUAGUUUUGGGAAGCCCUGUGCUGGUUGUUGGCGUCAGUUCUGCUGCUGCUACUGCUUUUAAACCUGGUUUUAAAACAGAAAGACUUAAAAGAAAAAAAGGUUAAAUAAAAAAAUGUCUCCCUGCCUUGUGCAAUCUGUAUGUACUGAAGUGAAGAGAUUUUUUUUUCAAAAAGGAAUUAAACUAAAACUGGAUGAGA